AGCUGCAGCCACGACUCAGAGAGCAGGUUCUCCACCAGACAAGCAGGCUGAUUGAUGCUCCUUCUAACUGCCACCUACUGGAACUAGUUGAGGUUGCCUCACCUCACCCCCCCUGGCCUUCCUGCACCUGUCAGAUCUUCCAAAACUGAUGCUGUUGUUGUGGAAACUGUGAUGAAGUCAUAGAAAAAGGAGACGAGGAGGAUUCCCCAACAGACAGAGUCCUGACAGGAGCCUGGAAGGAUACUACUACUACUAGACACUGACAGACCUGAGGCAGAGUGUGCCACACUGAGCUGAGGACCAGCAGCAUGGACCAGCAGCAUGGAAAAGUGGAGCGCUUCCUCAAGCUGGGCUACUCCCAUAGUGACAUUGUGCGUGUGCUAGAGAGCCUGCGUCAUGACGCCCAGACCAACGAAAUACUGGAGGAGCUGAUCAAGACCUGCCAAAUCACCACUACAACAACCACCACCACCCCAUCCAUACCAGCCAGCCGCUCAGCCCACUCCAGCCCACAGCUGGUCCCUCGAGGCUGCAGCUCUCCCCACCCCAGCCAGUCCCUACGGCCCAGCUCAGCUACAGACAGGGAUCCCACUUUGGGAUUCAGACCGGUGGUAAUUGAUGGAAGCAAUGUGGCCAUGAGCCAUGGCAACAAGCAAGUGUUUUCAUGCCGGGGGCUGUUGCUGGCAGUCAGGUGGUUUUUGGAGAGAGGUAUUCGUGACAUCACAGUGUUCGUGCCUCUGUGGAGAAAGGAGCAACCCCGUCCUGAGGCCCCCAUGACAGAUCAGCCCAUCCUCCAUGAGCUGGAGAAGAGAAAGAUCCUGGUGUACACCCCGUCACGCUGCGUCAACGGGAAGAGAGUGGUGUGUUACGACGACCGCUACAUCAUCAAACUGGCCUACGAGUCCGAUGGCAUCGUUGUGUCUAAUGACAACUACAGAGACCUGCAGAUAGAGAAGCCAGAGUGGAAGACGUUUAUAGAGGAAAGGCUGUUGAUGUACAGCUUUGCCAAUGACAAGUUCAUGCCUCCUGAUGAUCCUCUGGGAAGGAAUGGCCCAACGAUUGACAACUUUCUGAGAAUAAAGCAGUGGACCCCAGAAAACAAGAAGGAGCGUUGCCCAUAUGGGAAGAAGUGUACUUAUGGAGUGAAGUGCAAGUUCUACCACCCAGAGCGCUCCAACCAAUCGCAGCUGUCUGUAGCAGAUGAGCUUAGAGCCAAGAGCAAACCUGCUGCUCAGACAGACAGGGAGUGGUCAUUUCUCCCCUCAGGCCUCGGCCAGGAGGGCCAUAUCUACACAUCCCUUUAUGAGCCGGAUCACACUACUAAUCAUCUACACAGAUAUCCUUCCACACCGCCUCACCUUAGAAAAAAUGAACAUUCCCAUUCCCACAGGGCUUUGCCAAGUGAUCAGUUCACCAGCCAGAGAGAAACAGGCAGCCCAGUUCUACAGCACAAAUCCAGCCACCACUUCUGCCCCAGCCCAGACACUGACGAGGCCUUUGGCUCCUUGGAGACCUCCCUGUCCAGACUAUAUGUCCAGGACCAGACAAACAACCCCAAGGGACCCGGGGUGUCUUACACAUACAGCAGUGGGGUGGCCGGGUGCAGCCAGGGUAGUGGGGACGUCUACCCUUCCAGCACUUACAGCAGCCACAGUUACGGCAGCAACACACAGAGGCUCAGCCUGGGUGGGCCUUCCUCGGGAGUCCACUAUGCCCCCCAAAGACUGCUACAGUGUGGCUGUGACCACUCACAGAGCUGUGAGUGCAGCCAGUGCAUGUACGGCCACCAGCAUCUCCAGCCACAGCUAAGAAAGAGCUCCUAUGUUGUUCACAGUAACCCCAUCCAUUUCACCGAGCAGCAGUACUUUCAGAGUCCUCCCCCACAAAGGCAGAGUCACAGCCUCCCAGAACACAGCCCGGGACAGGGCCUCUCUGGUGAGAGAGUGGGGAUGACCAGGUCCAAUGGAGGUAAAGCUGCAGAUAGUGAGCAGAGGAGGAGUGUGAAGAACCAGCUCAGCACCCUCUUCCCCCCCAGCAUGGUAGACUAUGUGAUGAGUCUGUACCCACACACCCUCAACAAGUCAGAGCUGGUUCCUCUGAUCCAGAGGUUCAGAACCAGCCACGUUCCCUUCUAACGUGCAAGAUCUUUCUCUGUAAGCAUUAAACACAGUAGUUCCUCAGCAGACUAGUGACAAGCUUGAAAAUGUAGCAGUCUGUGCUGAAUUUCCUAUGUAUGUAUAUAGGUCAAGUGCAAUGCACUACCAUCUCCUGAAUGAUGCUAGUUCAUUUUGAAUCUAGCAUUGCCUUAAAGAUUAUCAAAGCAGCAUGUGUUGUUUUAACAUGUAGCCUCAAACUGAGGGAAGCUAUUUGACAGAAUGGGUGUUAACCUGUACGGUAUGCAGAAUAAUACUGUCCUUGUCAUUUGUUUGUUGUCCAUAUUAAAAAUAAGUCCUUGAAAA